AUGAGCGCCCCCACCAACAACACCAUCUACAGACGCUCCCACGCCCUCGAGUCCACCAGCCUAUGGUAUGCCGCCCUCAGUGAUCUCUUCCCCACCGCGGCAGGCUUCACCGUAGACCUCGAAGCCGGGAUCAUCUCCCCGAUGCGCGAGUCCUACAACCGCAUCACCGUGACUUUCCCCGGCAGGGACGGCAGCGGCAGCGGCAGCGGCAGCGGGACCCUCAUCAUCUUCACCCUCAUAAGCGGCGUGCUGCGACGCCCGCGCACGCACCCGGGCCACCACGUGCUCGUUCUGCGGGAUUUUCUGGCCGCCGUGCACCAUCACGGCCACGACCACUACUACCGACACCACCAUCACCCGCCCCAGCUACUGUCUUCGUCGGCGGGGCCCAUCGUCGGCGCCGUGAUGCUUCCUCGUCUGCCGGUGACGAUACAAUUCUACCGGUGGGACUGGGGCCACGGCGGGUGGGUGUUGCCCGUGGGGCAGGCGUUCGAUGAGCUUGUAGACCGCCGGGGGAUCUUGGGGGUGUUGGUCGGGAUGAAGGGGUUGGUUCUGAGCAGUGGUGGGUUUGGGUUGGGGAGGGGGGUUAAUUGGGUGGAUGAUGAGGAGGAGGUGGAGGAGGAUUCUUUGGUGGUGAGGGUUUAG